AUGGGCGAACGCGGAGGGAUUUCGCUACUGGUGCGCAACGUCAGCCACCGGCUGAGAUCGGAGGACAUUCGCAAAGAGUUUGAGCAGUACGGACAAGUGCGUGACGUGUACAUUCCCAGGGACUUUCACACAAAGGAACCAAAAGGCUUUGCGUUCGUCGAGUUCCGUAGCGAACAUGAAGCUGACGAGGCGCGUCGCAAUUUGGAUGGCAUGCGCAUUGACGGCCGUGAUAUCCGCGUGGUGUUUGCUCAGGAACGUCGCAAGUCGACGGAUCAGAUGCGCGAACGCGAGAGGACGGAGAGACGAGGAGGAGACCGCCGCUCCCGCUCUAGAUCGGUGCGCCGCCGGGCCUCUCGUGGCCGGUCUCGCGAUCGUGACCGCCGGGUCUCUGCUCGACGCUCAUCUCGCUCACGCUCUCCUGUGAAAGGAAGGGCUCGCUCUCGGUCUCGCUCCGGCUCCCGUGGCCGUUUUUCUGCGGCACGACGCUCGCUGUCGCCUCGCCGGUCCAUGUCUCCUCGCGCGCCGUCUCCGUCUCGCCGUUCCGUGUCACCGGCUGCUAGAUCACCGUCACCAUCACCGUCGCCCCGGCGUGGUCGUUCCCGCUCGGCGUCUUCUCGACGAGAUGAAGGUUACCGGCUCUAA